UUUCCUCUUUUUUGACUAAGCUUCUGCCUGUGUGACUUUGGUACUCUAAUGUCUUAAGAUUCAUUUUCAACUUUAAAAACUUCACAUUAACCUUGGAACAGGUUUCGACUGCCCCCUUUUCAUUAAGCGACUAUUUCAUGGACCAGGACGAGUACUUUAGUAAUUGGCCUGGCAACCGGCCGAAAUUGCCAGCUUUGGUUCCGGACCACGUUGAUAAAUGGUACGGCACCCCACCUGUAACAACAACCGAUCCUUCAGACGCAGCCAUGAACAGACCACUGAAAGUCAGCGGCGUCACUAUAUGGGAUAAAAACCCUUGCGCGCUGUACAACCAAGGCUCCGAUAGUCCACGCAAUAGUGAUAGGCGGGAAGGAUGUGCCAGAGCCGCAGGGCACCUGUGGGAUGCAGGCUUCCAGAAGGGAAGUUCGGACAUCUGCCCGGACAUACAAGGUGCAGAGUGCUUCCAGUUCGUGAACCAUUCGAAACCAGGGCGGUGCUACGGUAAAGUGAGAUACUUCAACGGCGCAAGGGGCUACGUCUUGCUUUACACUUGCGCCCAAGAUUGGGCAAGGGUCCAAGCCACCAGAUUCCGCAACCCUUACGGCUACAGCCCCCAGGGACAGCGGCCAUUCGGGCAGGGGGAGACUGGCGCAGCCACAAAUCCCGGUUGAAUGA